AUGCCUGAUCCACUAAGAUGCUCAGGGAGCAUUGAUACCCGUGAACUGCGCUUCUCACGCGCAAUGAUCUUCGCCAUCGAGGAGAUUAACAACAGCACGGAGCUGCUGCCGGGCAUCAAACUCGGUUAUCAGAUCUAUGACUCGUGUGCCUCUGUGCCUGUAGCGGUGCAUGUGGCAUUCCAGCUGUCAGGCGGCCUGGACCCGGUGUUUUACACCGGCAACAAUUGUUCACAAUCUGGUAAAGUGAUGGCCAUUGUUGGUGAGUCUGGGUCCACACCAUCCAUCAGCAUGUCUCGCAUCAUCGGGCCCUUUAACAUUCCUCAAGUUAGUCACUUUGCCACUUGUGCAUGCCUGUCUGAUAAGCAGCAGUAUCCAAAUUUCUUCAGAACCAUCCCAAGUGACAAGAUCCAGGCUGACGCACUGGUAAAGCUGGUAAAACACUUUGGUUGGACUUGGAUAGGUGCUGUCCGAUCGGACUCGGACUAUGGUAACAAUGGCAUGGCGUCGUUCCUAAACGCAGCACACAAAGAGGGGAUCUGUGUGGAAUAUUCUGAAUCCUUCUAUCGGACACAUCCACGAAGCAGGAUCCAGAGAGUAGCUGACAUUAUCCGCAGGUCGACAGCUAUUGUUAUUGUGGCAUUCACAUCUACUGCAGACAUGAGGAUUCUGCUGGAAGAGCUGUCUCUCAAGCCCUUUCCACCUCACCAGUGGAUAGGCAGUGAGGCCUGGGUAACUGACCCAGACUUGCUGAGGUUCAGUUUCUGUGCUGGAGCAGUCGGAUUUAGCAUUGAGCAAUCCGUUAUUUCAGGUCUGAGAGACUUCCUGCUGGAUUUCUCUCCCUCUAAAGUGACUGCCUCUCCAAUGUUUACUGAGUUCUGGGAGGAUGCAUUCAACUGCAGGCUGGGAAAAACAGCAGCCACAGAUAAGACUGCGUGUGAUGGAACUGAAGACCUAGAAACGAUCCAGAGCCCGUACACUGACACAUCUCAGCUCCGAAUCACUAACAUGGUCUACAAGGCUGUUUAUGCAAUAGCACAUGCCAUUCAUAAUGCAGUGUGUCAGGAAACAACUUCUAUAACCCAGUGUGACAAACUGAGCAGCAUAGAGUCCAAACAGAUUCUCACUCAGUUGAAAAAAGUCAAUUUUUCCCAAAAUGGUUAUCAUGUGUCAUUUGAUGACAGCGGGGAUCCUGUGGCCACAUACGAGUUGGUUAACUGGCAAAAAACUGAGAGUGGCAGCAUUGAGCUGGUGGUAGUAGGGCACUACGAUGCAUCACUGCCAGUGGGACAGGAACUCCGUAUCAACAAGAACCUCACCUGGGUGGAGGGUGGCACACAAGUGCCUGUGUCAGUGUGCACUGACAGCUGUCCUGCAGGAACUCGUAAAGUGCUGCAGAAAGGAAAACCCAUCUGCUGUUAUGAUUGUAUACCUUGUCCUGAGGGGGAGAUUAGUAACGCUACAGAUUCCCCUGAUUGUUUCCUUUGCUCCAAGGAAUUAUGGCCCAAUGAAAAGAGAGACACUUGUCUCCCAAAGCCUGUAGAGUUUCUUUCCUUCAACGAGGCCCUAGGAAUCAUCAUGGCGGCAUUCUCAGUUGGUGGUGCCUGUCUUGCCAUUAUAACAGCGGCUGUGUUCCACCGUCACAGGACAUCCCCGAUUGUCAGAGCCAACAACUCUGAGCUGAGCUUCCUGCUGCUCUUCUCUCUGACUCUCUGUUUCCUAUGCUCCUUAACCUUCAUUGGAGCACCCUCUGAGUGGUCCUGCAUGCUGCGCCACACAUCGUUUGGGAUCACCUUCGUCCUCUGCAUCUCUUGUGUUCUUGGAAAAACAAUAGUUGUGUUAAUGGCUUUCAAAGCUACUCUCCCAGGUGGUAAUGUUAUGAAAUGGUUUGGUCCUCCACAGCAAAGGAUGACUGUAGUGUCUUUCACUUGUAUUCAAGUUAUAAUAUGUACUCUUUGGUUGGUUCUUAGUCCUCCUUUUCCAAUGAAAAACCUAACCACAUACAAGGAGAGAAUCAUCCUGGAGUGUGCAUUAGGCUCAGCUAUUGGGUUCUGGGCUGUGCUCGGGUACAUCGGCCUGCUGGCUGUCUUUUGCUUUGUGUUAGCUGUCCUAGCCCGGAAACUACCUGAUAAUUUUAAUGAAGCCAAGCUUAUCACCUUCAGCAUGCUGAUAUUCUGUGCAGUCUGGGUCACCUUUAUCCCAGCAUAUGUCAGUUCUCCUGGGAAAUUUACUGUGGCUGUGGAGAUAUUUGCCAUUCUUGCUUCCAGUUUUGCACUAAUAUUGUGUAUAUUUGCUCCAAAGUGUUUCAUCAUAUUGUUUAAACCAGAGAAAAACACCAAGAAACAUUUAAUGAACAAAAAGGCUGGGCUUACAGAGGAUAGGACUGGUGUUGGGGUCAGCACCGAAGACUCAUCUGUGAAAUGUGAGCUCCAGGGUAUUCUUCGUCGACCUGCUUUCUCAAUGGAUGGUGACUACGUUAUUGGGGGUGUUUUCGCCAUACAUUACUCCAUGCACACGAUGAAGCAUAACUACACCACCAUGCCUGAUCCAGUAAGAUGCUCAGGGAGCAUUGUUACCCGUGAACUGCGCUUCUCACGCGCAAUGAUCUUCGCCAUCGAGGAGAUUAACAACAGCACGGAGCUGCUGCCGGGCAUCAAACUCGGUUAUCAGAUCUAUGACUCGUGUGCCUCUGUGCCUGUAGCGGUGCAUGCGGCAUUCCAGCUGUCAGGCGGCCUGGACCCGGUGUUUAACACCGGCGACAAUUGUUCACAAUCUGGUAAAGUGAUGGCCAUUGUUGGUGAGUCUGGGUCCACGCCAUCCAUCAGCAUGUCUCGCAUCAUCGGACCCUUUAACAUUCCUCAAGUUAGUCACUUUGCCACUUGUGCAUGCCUGUCCGAUAAGCAGCAGUACCCAAGUUUCUUCAGAACCAUCCCAAGUGACCAGUUCCAGGCUGACGCGCUGGCAAAGCUGGUAAAACACUUUGGUUGGACUUGGAUAGGUGCUAUCCGAUCGGACUCGGAUUAUGGAAACAAUGGCAUGGCGUCGUUCCUAAACGCAGCACACAAAGAGGGGAUCUGUGUGGAAUAUUCUGAAUCCUUCUAUCGGACCAACCCACGAAGCAGGAUUCAGAGAGUAGCCGACAUUAUCCGCAGGUCGACAGCUAUUGUUAUUGUGGCAUUCACAUCUCCUGGAGACAUGAGGAUUCUGCUGGAAGAGCUGUCUCUCAAGCCCUUUCCACCUCGCCAGUGGAUAGGCAGUGAGGCCUGGGUAACUGACCCAGCUAUGCUGAGGUUCAGUUUCUGUGCUGGAGCAGUCGGAUUUGGCAUUGAGCAAUCUGUCAUUCCAGGUCUGAGAGACUUCCUGCUGGAUGUCUCUCCCUCUAAAGUGGCUGACUCUCCAGUCCUUACUGAGUUCUGGGAGGAUGCAUUUGACUGCAGGCUGGGAAAAAGUGAGAAAACCACAGACAAGACUGCGUGUGAUGGAACUGAAGACAUAGAGAUGAUCCAGAGCCCGUACACUGACACAUCUCAGCUCCGAAUCACUAACAUGGUCUACAAGGCUGUUUAUGCAAUAGCACAUGCCAUUCAUAAUGCAGUGUGUCAGGAAACACAUUCUAUAGCCCAUUGUGACAAACUGAGCAGCAUAGAGUCCAAACAGGUUCUCACUCAGUUGAAAAAAGUCAAUUUUUCCCAAAAUGGUUAUCAUGUGUCAUUUGAUGAUAGCGGGGAUCCUGUGGCCACAUACGAGCUGAUUAACUGGCAAAAAACUGAGAGUGGCAGCAUUGAGCUGGUGGCAGUAGGGCACUACGAUGCAUCACUGCCAGUGGGACAGGAACUCCGUAUCAACAAGAACCUCACCUGGGUGGAGGGUGGCACACAAGUGCCUGUGUCAGUGUGCACUAACAGCUGUCCUGCAGGAACUCGUAAAGUGCUGCAGAAAGGAAAACCCAUCUGCUGUUAUGAUUGUAUACCUUGUCCUGAGGGGGAGAUUAGUAACGCUACAGAUUCCCCUGAUUGUUUCCUUUGCUCCAAGGAAUUAUGGCCCAAUGAAAAGAGAGACACUUGUCUCCCAAAGCCUGUAGAGUUUCUUUCCUUCAACGAGGCCCUAGGAAUCAUCCUGGCUACAUUCUCAGUUGGUGGUGCCUGUCUUGCCAUUAUAACAGCGGCUGUGUUCCACCGUCACAGGACAUCCCCGAUUGUCAGAGCCAACAACUCUGAGCUGAGCUUCCUGCUGCUCUUCUCUCUGACUCUCUGUUUCCUAUGCUCAUUAACCUUCAUUGGAGCACCCUCUGAGUGGUCCUGCAUGCUGCGCCACACAGCGUUUGGGAUCACCUUCGUCCUCUGCAUCUCUUGUGUUCUUGGAAAAACAAUAGUUGUGUUAAUGGCGUUCAAAGCUACUCUCCCAGGUGGUAAUGUUAUGAAAUGGUUUGGUCCUCCACAGCAAAGGAUGACUGUACUGUCUUUCACUUGUAUUCAAGUUAUAAUAUGUACUCUUUGGUUGGUUCUUAGUCCUCCUUUUCCAAUGAAAAACUUAACCACAUACAAGGAGAGAAUCAUCCUGGAGUGUGCAUUAGGCUCAGCUAUUGGGUUCUGGGCUGUGCUCGGGUACAUCGGCCUGCUGGCUGUCUUUUGCUUUGUGUUAGCUGUCCUAGCCCGGAAACUACCUGAUAAUUUCAAUGAAGCCAAGCUUAUCACCUUCAGCAUGCUGAUAUUCUGUGCAGUCUGGGUCACCUUCAUCCCAGCAUAUGUCAGUUCCCCUGGGAAAUUGACCGUGGCUGUGGAGAUAUUUGCCAUUCUUGCUUCCAGUUUUGCACUAAUAUUGUGUAUAUUUGCUCCAAAGUGUUUCAUUAUAUUAUUUCAGCCAGAGAAAAACACAAAGAAACAUUUAAUGAACAAAAGUCAAUAUUAAAACAUAAAGUUUGGAGAAAACUAA